CUUUGAUCUCCAUGUCUCUUUGACUCUUUGUUGUCUUCGUGUUGAACAUGGCUGUGACUUUGAUCCUCGAUGCAGCGGUUUUUGUUUUUGUCUCGUGAGGACAUCAAACAUCUGGAAACACUGAAGAGACAAAAACAACCAUCCUCAUUGACUUGAAUUUAAAGAUCCCGUGGGGUCGGCUUGUUUUCUCCACCAGCUCCAGAAACACUCGGCCCACCCGGGGGAGGAGACGGUGCCGUUCAGCCGUGUCAACGUGGACAUGUUCGAUUCCCGCGUCGUCGAGCGGUUCCAGGACGUGUUCAACAUGUCGGACAUCAACAAGGCUAAUCCUCACGGCUGCGACAACGGAGCCCUGACGGACCGGUUCGGGGUUCUGAUCCAGGCGCUGCUGGCCGCGGUCGCCUUCAGCACGUUGAUGCUGAAGAGAUUCCGUGAGCCUGCUGGGAUCAGACGACCGUGGAGGAUCUGGUUUUACGACACGUCCAAACAGGCCAUCGGCGCCCUCUUCAUCCACUUUGCCAACGUCUUCCUCUCCACGCUCACCGAAGAGGACCCAUGCUCGCUGUAUCUGAUGAACUUCCUGCUGGACGCCACGCUGGGGAUGCUGGUCAUCUGGCUCGCCAUCAAGUGCGUGUCCAAGCUGGUGGAGUACAAGCAGUGGACGCUGCUGAUGUUCGGGGAGUACGGCGACCCCCCUCAGGCGGCGGCGUGGCUCGGGCAGUGUGGCGUCUACCUUCUCAUCAUGGUGCUGGAGAAAGGUUCCAUCAGCCUGGUGCUGCUCGUCCCCGGAUGGUCCAAGCUGCAGGAGGUGUUGCUGGGCUACAUCGCUAACCCUCAGCUGGAGCUGGUGCUGGUCAUGCUCAUCGUGCCCUUCAUCGUCAACUCCAUCAUGUUCUGGGUGGUGGACAGCCUGAUGAUGAGGAAGUACAAGACGAUGAAGGGCCUGGACGACUCCUGCGACAGCUCGGUGCAGAAGGCCGACUCGCCGCCCGGCGUGGAUGGCGAGGAGUCACGGGUGCUGUUGACCGAGACGGACACGGAUGAGACGUCAUCGGAGGAGGAAGAGGACGAGCCUGGUGAUGAGGGACCAGUCCCCAGUGUGCAUUAUUCAGGGGGACCAAUAAGACCCAGCUGGGUGCUGGUGUAAAACCAGGUGACGUCCGACUCAUCCAUCCACUGUCCACUCGCACUUAGGAGCCCAAAUCCGGACGAGAACAAAAAGCCUUGCGUCCUUGUGUCCUCAGAUUUAAAGGUCUAAAUAUCUAAAGGUCUUAUAACCUUCGAAUGUGAACACUGCAGCUGCCUUCUUCUUCUGCACUGAAGGUGUGAAUCGUUACAGGUGGAGCAUGAACAUCAAACUGCAUUCUGGGAUUUUUAAAAAGCUCUUUAUCCUCUCACUGUGCUGAUUAUCCAGCAGCAGCCGCAGGGCAAACGUGAAAGGAACGAGUGGAAGUGAAAUGAAUCCUUCUUCUCCACAACGGGGACUUUUUCGGUGAAGUAUCUUUUACAUAUAUAUCAAAAAGUGCUUGAAAGCUUUACUCAAUCAAAUAUAAUCACUUCAAAUCUGCUUUUAUUAACGAAGGUGUAAUUAUAGUCAUGGUUUUACUCCUUUGCUGCUUUUAAAAAGACGAGAUGUGGGAAACUGUUCAGUGGUGGAGGAAACGACCAAGUCACACAAUAAUUGGUAUUUAAACAUAAAUCAAAAAUAAAGGAAUCAUUAAAGAAAAUAUGAGAUUAGCAAUAAUUGAGAAAAAUAUGUCACUUAUAUUAAGUCUAAAAUUUAGAGACAAAUGAGUAUUUAAACUUUUUGAUUUAAAUGAGAGAAUCAAAACAAAUCUUGUGUCUGUCUGGUAAACACGUAGCGGGUUAGCUUAGCAUAAAGACUGUAAGUUGGUGUGGCUCUGUCCAUAAGCCAGUUAUCAUACAGAUGUGAGUAAAAUGGUGUUAAUCUCCUCAAAAUAUAUAUUUUACAAAAUGGGAAACAAUUCCUCUAAAGAAGUUUUCUUUGUUUUGUCCAUAUUCAAACACAAAAGUUAUUCUAAAGUAACACAACUGUCCCUGAUGAAAGGUUCUACUCCCUUGUGGUUGUUCUCUCUGUGGGAGGACGCAGCAGCUGUUUGCAACUCGUGGCACAUGUCUUUAUUUAUUCUGUUUAUAUUUUAUAUAAGUAUUUGACUUUUUACAUAUUGUGCUCUGAUCUGUGGUGACAACAGUGGAAUGUUUUUUUUUAGUGUGUGAUGUAAACAGGAGAAAUUUCAGAGUCGUCGCCAAAUUACAGUUUUAAAUUCCGACUGAAUCGAAGGAAGUUACUUUUGUAUAUUAAUCAUCAAACAUGUCAGCUUUACUUGUUUACAUUUAUAGAUUUCACAUAUUCCUUCUGUCCUGAUUUAUUUUGUAUUCCAACGUAGCUUUGUGUAUUCUUUUUUUUUUUAAAUAAAUGAAAUGACGCACACAUCACUUCCCUUAAGUGUCGUCAUCGGGAUCGAACCUCGGUGCUUCUGUCUGUCUUGAAAUCUAUACGAUGAAUAAAGAUGGCUGACACACAAA